AGAUAGAAUAUAUACGAGCGGGCCCAAGAAGGGGUGUGUUUUUUUACAAGGCCCAUUAUAUUUUGUAUAGCCCAACUUGAAAUGGAAGUAAGAAUCGAGAGGACAGGAAAUGGCGAAAUGCCCAUUUUACAUCAUCCUCAACUAACUCAAACCCUUGAGAUUAUGAAGGCAAGCAAAGCUGCAACAAUGGCAUUUCCAGCCUCUCUUUCAUCGCCUUCAUCUUCAAACACAAAAUUUCAGAUAAAUCUCUCUAAACCCAAAACCUCCCACCGAAGAUGCGUAAUUCUACGUCUUUCUCACAAACCCUUCCAGACAUGUUGUACCAAGGUAGUAUCAAUGUCCCAAAUCGGUGAACCAAAUAAGGGUCAAAAUUCGGUUCUGCAAAUCAAGGUCGUGAAGGAGAAGCUUCUGGAGGCCAUACCUGCCACAGUUAAAGAGCUUCCAUGGAAGAAAGCAGCAGACAUUGCUCUGAAGCAGCUGCUUUGUCUUGGGGAGAAGGCACUCAAAUGGUGCCUCAUUGCUUUCUUUGUGUUUAGCUUCAUUUCAGAUGUCGUGCUUUCCAUAUCCCGGAACAGAGAACUAAUGAUACCCUUUGGUCUCUUUGUUGGGUGCUUCGUGACUGACAUUAUGAAAGAAACACUGAAGCAAGUGCUUCCCAUUUCAGAGGAAGAAGGGUUCGAAAAAUACCUUAUCGGAAUUGGCAGCCUCUUUGCUGCUGUCAAGUACAUCUCGUAUGGCCUCCCAAUACAGGCGCAGGUGAUUCUUCUUCAUGUCGCAAAUGGCGGGUUAGUGUUUUGGCUCUGGAAAGGUUUUAACAAAAGUGAUGGAGAUGAUGUUGGUAAUACUAAUGCUUCAUUGCCCAUGGAUGUGAAAAUGUAAUUUGCUUCUGAUGGUGAAGCAGAUUUCUCCUGUUUACUUGAUUGUGAAAACGAAUCGAAUUUCAUGGUUGCACCAAGUAUCUAUGUGAUUCAAACUGUUUACAGAUUCAAACUUGAAUGGACAUAGACUACAUGGAGUUAUCAUGGUUGAAUUGAACACAAUAGUAUAUGCACACUACCAGAGUCUGC